AUGGCAAACCCGGCAUUGCUCGCGACAUGGUUCCCAGACCACAAGGCCAAGGGCCCUAGUAUGCGCACCGCGCCAACCUUUUUCCGCAAUCUAGAGGAGGCACUCGAUCUCCGCCGUGCUGAACGAAGCGUCUUUCUGGUGCGAAGCAACGAGCCUGCACCCAAUAGCAUCGACUUCAGCACUCUCGAUUUCUUGCAUCUGACUGCCAGUGGCGCCAUCCGGACCGAAUUUCUAAAUGAGCUGGCGCGCAACCCGGGCUUUGAGCUCGGGGCUGGUGGUUCGCGCCUACUAAACGGCAACAAUGCAUAUACUGAAGCGGCUGAGACUGAGAUCGCCGAGUUUCAUGGAGGCGAGAGUGCUCUGUUAUUCCACUCCGGAUUUGAGGCCAACACGGCCAUCAUGGCGGCAAUCCCACGUCCUGGCGAUGCCAUUGUCUAUGAUGAGCUGAUCCAUGCUAGCAUGCACGAAGGCAUGCAGGCGAGUAAGGCGCCGUGCAAGAAGUCCUUUAAACACAACGACGUGGACAGCUUCCGCGAGACCUUACUGGAUGUGCUGGAGACACAGUCCCUGAUUAAACAGGGCAAGCGUUGCGUGUUGAUUUGCCUCGAAUCAAUGUACAGCAUGGAUGGAGACGUCGCGCCAUUGAGAGAGCUGAUUGCGGUCGCCAAAGAGCUCUUCCCCGAAGGUAAUGCGCAGUUCUUGGUCGAUGAAGCUCACACAACGGGCGUCCUCGGACGACAAGGUAGAGGGUUCGUCAACGAGUUGGGUCUCGAAGACGAGGUGGCGAUUAGGAUGCACACUUAUGGAAAAGCCCUAGCUACCACAGGUGGUUCGUUCUUUAUCAACCAUGCCCGGUGCUUUAUCUAUUCAACCGCACCCUCUUUUCCCAUGGUGGCGGCCAUUAGAGCUGGUUACAAGCUCCUGAUGACAGGUCAAACGCAAGCUUUGCAAGACAACCUCCAGCGUUUGGUCAAACAUUUCUUCGAAACGAUCACAGCCAACCCCGUCUAUGACGAGGCAAAUGAUGCAGGUAUUCUGUCAAUUCCCCUAGCCGAAGACUGGGAGUCGCGGCCGUUCCUCACGCAAGUAAUACCCGUGAUGACGCGUCAACGGUACAUAUUAUGGCUCUGCUAUCACCUGCAGCUGGCAGGUCUCUCCGUUUUCCCCAUUGACUACCCAGUUGUGCCCAAAGGGAAGGGCCGCGUGAGGGUGGUAUUCCAUGCGGGAAAUACCAAUAACGAAGUUGAGAAGCUGGCGGAGACGAUCUGUGAGUGGGCGCAGGAGAUGCUAGACAUCGAGGAAAGCGGCAAAGGUGGUGCGAAGAUCCCCAGUGCGGCACGGCAGGUGCAAGCGUACCAGGCUGCUGCGGAGACAAAAGGGGUCAAGGCGUAAUGAAGAUGUUGAUAAUGAUGAUAAUGAUGAUAAUGAUGAUGAUGCUGGUGGUGGUGGUGGUGGUGGUGAAUGUCACGUAAAGAGGCGAGGAGAUGCCAAAUCGAAUGCCGGGUGAAAUGAUUCUGCCAAGUUCCAAUUAUGAGCACUAAAGCCUCUCCUGUUUGAUCGUGCCGCGGUGCGUAGGAGCAAGUGGUGUUCAUUCGUGAUUCCCGAAUCGAAAGACACAUCCAUAGUAUCAUUCCUCCUCGUAUAGAGAGCGAGGGUGUUAGCUCGACUAUUCCUUAAGUAUGUGCCGAAGACGGGGCCAAUCUUUAGGACGCGGAGGAAUGAGUGAUGCGAAAGCAUCAUCCAUG